AUGACAACUCGAGUAAAAAAGAUAUGCUGUCUUGGUGCUGGUUAUGUCGGUGGACCAACUUGUGCAGUCAUCGCAUACAAAUGUCCUCAUAUCCAAGUUACCAUUGUCGACUUAAGUAAAACUCGUAUUGCUGCUUGGAAUUCGAACAAACUUCCCAUCUAUGAACCAGGACUUGACGAAGUUGUUUUUUCAUGUCGCGGAAGAAAUUUAUUCUUUAGUACAGAAGCUGAACAAGCUGUCAUCGAAGCGGACUUAAUAUUUGUAUCAGUUAAUACUCCCACAAAAAAAGCCGGGAUGGGUGCAGGUUAUGCUGCUGACUUGGCAUAUGUUGAAUCAGCUACUCGUCAAAUUGCAGAAGUUGCGAAAAGUUCGAAGAUUGUAGUCGAAAAAUCUACAGUACCAUGUCGUACUGCGGAGAGUAUGCGUACAAUUUUGGAAGCUAACUGUCGAGAUGAUAUUAGAUUUGAUAUUUUAUCCAAUCCAGAAUUUCUUGCUGAAGGAACUGCUAUCAAUGAUUUAUUACAUCCAGAUCGUGUUUUAAUUGGUGGUUUACAAACACCUGAAGGUCUAAAAGCUCAACAAGCUUUAGCAGAGAUAUAUGCACAAUGGGUACCUACAGAUAGAAUUAUCACCACUAAUUUAUGGUCAUCUGAACUUUCAAAAUUGGCUGCCAAUGCUUUAUUAGCACAACGUAUUUCAUCAAUAAAUGCAUUAUCAGCUAUUUGUGAAGCAACAGGUGCAGAUAUUGAUGAAGUGGCAUAUGCAUGCGGAAGAGAUUCACGUAUUGGACCUAAAUUUUUAAAAGCAUCAGUUGGAUUUGGUGGAAGUUGUUUUCAGAAAGACAUUUUGAAUUUGGUUUAUUUGUCAGAACAACUUAAUUUACCUGAAGUAGCUGCAUAUUGGAAACAAGUGGUUGAUCUAAAUGAAUAUCAGAAGAAACGAUUUGUUUCUCGUAUUAUUAAAACCUUAUUCAAUACUAUUACAAAUAAAAGAAUUGCUGUAUUAGGAUUUGCUUUUAAGAAGGAUACUGGUGAUACUCGUGAAUCAGCUGCAAUCACUUUAUGCAAAGAUUUCAUUCAAGAGAAUGCCCAAGUUCGUAUUUAUGAUCCAAAAGUUUCCGAGGAACAAAUCUUUUUAGAUUUAAGUGAACCUGGUGUUAUAGUAAAGAGACGUGUUACCAUCGCCCGAUCCGCUUAUGAGGCAUCUGUCAAUGCUGAUGCCAUUGUCAUCGCUACUGAGUGGGAUGAAUUCAAGGAAUUGAAUUUUGAAAAGAUUUACGAGAAAAUGAAUAAACCUGCUUUCAUUUUUGAUGGACGUCUCAUUCUUGAUGCUGAAAGAUUAGAAUCAAUUGGAUUUCGUGUACACACUAUUG